AGAACAGCUUUGUUAUAUUAUAGGUCACAGCUGUGCAAAUAGUAAACUUCUACCAGAGCUUCCCAAAAGAUCGAGGACAUACACGGCAGAUGGUGAAAGGGGUAGUGACCCCUAUGUUGAUGACACAUUUUUGUCUCCAGAAUGGUACAAUGUAUCAUUUAAUGGUCAGCAAUAUCUAAUGCCCGAUGCAAACUAUAUGCCUUUAUUUAAACAGUGUGGAACUGUGCAGCCAAUUUAUCUUAAAGAUACACAUCCAGACAUAGAUACAUUAACCGAAGUACCACAAGCAAUAAUAGCAUGUGAAUUGUACCCUCAUAAUGACUGUGAAAACACAAUUGAAAUCUUUAUAAGAAAAUGUGGCAAUACAGUUCAGUACUACUUGAGGAGAACAAGCACUAAUGCGGCAUACUGUUUUGAUCCUCCGAAUUUGCAAAAUGUGAAUUUGACAGAGUCUUCUACAGCACCAACUGAAUCUAUUGGAAAGUUAACCGUAAUGCCGGAACUUCGAUUCAAUGAAGUGACUAACAGAGGUGUUGUUUCGUUGAUCCCAAGUCUUGCGUUCUUAUGUGCAGAAAGUGGAGGUGCUAACAUUGAGAACAGAGAUUUGUUGUAUUACACAUACUGGUUCAUUGAUGGCGUGAUUUCUUAUACACAACAAAGCUAUGAUGGGAUUGGAAUACUGACUGAAGACAAUCUACGGUCAAUUGGAUAUAGUCUCGGCAUAAUGAUUCGAUGUGGUGUAAAACUGGCAAAACACGAAACUGGCAUACAAACCAAGCUAUACAGCAGUGAAAAUUUCUUUGCUGGAAUUAAGGUUAACGAAGCAUCGAUAACCAUGUCUAAAAACGAAAUAAAGACAAUUAUGCUUCAACCGACUGUUCCAUAUGGAUGCUACAAAAUCAAAGACCAGCCCUCGCCAACUACCAAAUGUGCUACGAAAGUACACAUGUUUUUACCCGAAAUAGAUACUAGGUGUUCGCUCUCUGAUACCAAUUUAGGAACACAAAACAUCAUGACAGCUAACCAAGAACGUUGUGGAUUUAAAAUAUUGGGAUGCUAUCCUGGUGAUCCUGAAUGUAGUGUUACUAAACAGACUUCAACUAUGAAGAUUACAACCAGAUUUCUUAGCUACGAUGAUCCGAAAUCGUACGUACUUCGUCUUGUGGCACAAAGCGCAGGGACUCACGAAAUCUGGAAAGGUUACGUCCUCGAUGAUAUUGUGGUAAUCAUUAAAGAUGAUGUCAAUUUCCAAAACAAAGUUUGUUUUUCACAUGUAGAUCCUCAUAUGUAUACGGCAGAUGGAAAAUCAUAUGAAAACAACGACUUUGCUGGAGAGUUUAUUUUGUACAGAAAUACAGUAUAUAAUAUAGAGAUCCAGGAGAGAACAACUUCGUGUUUUUCUGUGAAUAGAAGACCUUUCUGUACUUGUGCAGUGGCAGUACGUGCUGGUGGGGAUGUUUUCUUGAUAAAUUUGUGUAACGAUCUAAAAUUUAUUGGCAUGACGGCAUGUAAAGAUAAUGGUGCUUUAGUCAUCCGAUUGCUGGACCAGUUCAAUUAUCAGGUGGAAACAAACAUAGGGACCUUGUAAACAUACGCAUAAGACCUUAUCCUAGAUAUAUUGAGUUAAUGAACAUAGAUAUA